CACCACCACCAGCCCAACCGCCAGCACAAUUGUCACCACCACCAGCAGCAGCAGCAGCAGCAGAAGCGCAAGUACCACAAGAAAAGGAGGUAAACGAGGAAGAGGAAGAACACCAACACCGACCCGCGACCAAAAAACCUCGCCUCUCGGCCCGCAAGGCCCGCGAGCUGGCCGAGCUGCAAGCGUGUGCUGAGGGGUUGAGGGGGCGGAGUGGGCGGAGGAGUGGGAGGGGGAGGGGGCGGGGGAGGGGGUAGUGAUUGUGUUGGUAUACAGAAUUUUAUGCACACUUAGAUCCGGC